CACUUUAGACUUAAUGAGGCUAGUUUGCUAAGUAAAACAAGGGUAUCCUUGUGACUUUAUAUAGAAAUAUUAAUUUUUGAUGUUUCCUCUAUAACUGAUAAAAUUAGGAGACUAGGAAGGAUUUAGUAGGGAGUUUGUGUGUGUGUGUGUGUGUGUGUGUUUUAAGUACUAUGAAUAAGCCAGAUAUCAAUUAUAGAUUCAUUUCAGUUACUGAACAGUUAUUUUAGGAGAGGAAACUGCUUAGGAGUUUGACUGCAUACUCAAGGUUUCCAUUGGGAUGUCCGUGAGGAAUGUGCCAACUGUAAUCCUUAGAUUAUAUCUGCUUCUCAUGAUUUACGUUUUCUCAGGAAAGGCUUUAGGACAAGUUAGAGAUAUUCUGUGAGUGUUCAGAAAGUUUCAAAGGAUACAGUUCAUCUACUUUGGAAGAAAGAUUUUUAGUCCACUUGACAGAUCCCUGUCCUGAGUAGCUUUCGGAGAGUGACCGACCAGACAGGGAAAUGGAGCUGCUGGCCCAGGAAGAGCAGCGAGCAUGGUAAUGCAGAUAGACCGUCAAGAUGGCGACAGUCCUGUUCCCAAGAUGAGUGGGUCAGCACAACAUGAACUUACGUCUGCAACACAAAGUCCUUUACAGAACUCCUGGAAAGCAAUGGUCUGCACCUUAAGACAAUAUGCUCCUGAGCUACAUCUUCUGUUUUUCAGUAACAUUUAUGAUUAGCCAUAGUGAUAAACAUCCCGAAAGACAGAAUCGUUCUGCACGCACUGAAGAUAAUGUUCGUUUGGGGGCACAAAUGAGCAUUUGGAUCAUUUUCUUACCAACCUGAGAGGGCAUAUGACGACACAGCCAGAAUAGUUAUGGUCAGUCAUGGAGAAUGACCAGGGAACCCAUCCCAGUGUGGGUGGUGAUUUUGUUUGUGAUAAAAUAAGUUUGAAAAUAGAAGAGGAAGAUGAUGGAAUUUCAAAUCACAAUUUGGAAGGAAUGGACUUUAAAAUUGAACAGGAGAACAGGAAAGCAUCUGACAGUGGUGAGGAGCAGGCAGAGAUCAGAGAGCCGAGCUACAGCUGUAAGACAUCAGGGAAGUGUUCCCCUGCUGACCACGAGGACGACUACGGGGCCCUGUUCUCACAGUACAGCAGCACGUUGUACGACGUCGCCAUGGAGGCUGUGACGCAGAGCCUCCUGUCCAGCCGCAACAUGAGCUCCAGGAAGAAGUCUCCAGCCUGGAAACAUUUCUUCAUCUCUCCUCGGGACAGCACGAAGGCCGUGUGUGUGUACUGCAUGAAAGAGUUCAGCCGUGGCAAAAAUGAGAAGGACCUGAGCACGAGCUGUCUCAUGCGGCACGUGAGGAGGGCGCAUCCCUCGGCGCUCAUCCAGGAAGAUGGCAGUGUGUCUGCCCUGGGCUCCCUCUCCUCCCCUGCACUGCUGCUCCCACCACAACCUGAACCUGUUGGAGACCUGGGCACCUUACUGUCACCCAUCAAACUUGUCCAGAAAAUGGCCUCCAAGAUCCCGUCUUCUGAGCAAGUGACGGAGGAAUCUGUGUCUGUUGUUUCUUCUGAAGAGGUCUCCUCUGACUUGUCCAUCUCUGAGAAGUAUAGCCGGGAAGAAGCCCUGGUGGGGCCACCCCCACCGCUGCCCACUCGUCAGUAUGAUGACGCUGCAGGGAGUGGGCCAGAGAAGAGCCUCCCGAUUCCAAAGAGCACCUCUGGGUCUCGAAGGUGGUCUGCGGUCUGGAAGCACUUCUACCUGUCUCCUCUGGACAGCUCCAAGGCUGUAUGUAUUCACUGCAUGAAUGAGUUUAGCAGAGGGAAGAAUGGAAAGGACUUGGGUACCAGCUGCCUCAUCCGGCACAUGUGGAGGGCACACCGUGCCAUUGUGCUGCAGGAGAAGAGUGGGGGUGCAGCCAUGCCGCCCCCUUACUCUGCUCCCCCCACCCUCCUGCGAGCCCUCCCUCCUCCUGAAAGAGAUCCAAGCUUCGUGUCUUCUUCACCAGGGAAGGCAGUACUAGAGGCCCCCUCAGCAUCCUCUUCCCCGGACCCGCUGACUGAGGACAUGCCAUUGCGUCUGAACCCCACAGAUGCACUGCUGGAAGAUGCGUCGGUGCUGUCAUCCUCUGAGGACAUCUGCGAGGCCUCGGUGGUGUCCUCUCCUGAGAAGCAGCAGGAUGAAGGGGCGAGCCCUCGCGUGUUUGAGGCUGGUGCUGUGUUCCAGCAGAAUCAAAAGGUGAUGAAGAGACUGAAGUCUGAGGUUUGGCAUCACUUCUCACUAGCCCCCAUGGACAGUCUGAAGGCGGUAUGCAGACACUGUGGUUGUGUCAUCAGCCGGGGAAAGAAGGGUGAUGUGGGCACCAGCUGUUUGAUGAGACAUCUCUACAGACGCCACCCGGAAGUUGUUGGGCACCAAAAGGGCUUCCUGGGGACUAGUUUGUCUAAUCCUCAGUAUGCCACCUUGGCGUCUGCAGAAAGUUCCUCCUCGAAAUUAACCGACUUGCCAGCAGUGGUCACAAAAAGCAAUCCAGGUCUCUUUCCCGUUCACGGCAAAAAGACCUCCAAGCUGUGGAAUCAUUUUUCUGUCUGCUCCACAGACCCCACUAAGGUCAUGUGCUUGCACUGUGGCCGGACGAUCAGCAGGGGGAAGAAGCCGACUAACCUGGGCACCAGUUGUCUUCUGAGGCAUUUACAGAGGUUCCAUGGCAGCGUGCUGAAGACCGACGUCCCCAAGACCACUGUGCCCUGUUCUCCAGGCAGCCGUGUGCCCCUGAGUGCAGAAUUGUCAGGAGCUUCCUCCUUUGUCGACACCGAUGAGAAGUUUUAUGAUUCUCAUCCAGUUGCCAAAAAGAUAACAAGUCUCAUAGCUGAAAUGAUUGCACUUGACCUUCAGCCAUAUUCUUUUGUAGACAAUGUUGGCUUUAACCGGCUGCUCGAAUACUUGAAACCUCAGUACUCUUUGCCCUCCCCUUCCUACUUCUCCAGGACAGCUAUCCCCGGAAUGUACGAUAAUGUGAAACAGAUCAUUAUGUCACACCUUAAGGAGGCUGAGAGUGGCGUGGUCCACUUCACAUCUGGAAUAUGGAUGAGUAACCAGACCCGGGAGUAUCUGACCCUCACUGCCCAUUGGGUCACCUUCCAUUCGUCAAUCCGGCCUCACUGUGAGGACCACCACUGCUCAGCACUGUUAGACGUGUCACAGAUUGACUGUGACUAUAGUGGCAGCAGCAUUCGGAAGCAGCUGGAAUGUUGGUGGGAGGCCUGGGUGAUAUCCACCGGCCUUCAGGUUGGCAUCACGGUGACUGAUAAUCCCAGCAUAGGAAAGACGCUGAAUGAAGGGGAGCACUCCAGCGUGCAGUGCUUCAGUCACACGGUGAAUCUCAUUGUCAACGAGGCCAUUAAAAGCCAGAGAAUGGUCCAGAAUUUACUCAGCAUCGCUCGGAAGUUAUGUGAGCGGGUGCUCCGGUCACACGAAGCCAAGGAGAAACUGGCGGAGCUGCAGAAGGAGUACGAAUUGCCGCCGCACCAUCUUAUUCAGGACGUCCCGUCCAAGUGGAGCACGUCGUUUCACAUGCUGGAACGGCUCAUUGAACAGAAGAGAGCAAUUAACGAGAUGUCCAUCGAGUGUAAUUUCAGAGAACUGAUCAGUUGUGACCAGUGGGAGGUCAUGCAGUCUGUGUGUCACGCACUGAAGCCCUUCGAUGCUGCGAGUCGGGAGAUGAGCAGCCACGUGUCCACCCUCAGCCAGGUCAUCCCCAUGAUCCACAUCCUGAACAGGAAAAUCGAGAUGCUGUUUGAGGAGACGAUGGGCAUCGACACCAUGCUGAAGUCUCUGAAGGAGGCCAUGGUGAGCCGACUGUCCGCCACCCUCCACGACCCCAGGUACAUCUUUGCUACAUUGUUGGACCCUCGUUACAAAGCCUCCCUUUUCUCUGAGGAGGAGGCGGAGCAGUACAAGCAAGAUUUAAUCAGGGAACUAGAAAUGCUGAAUUCUACCUCAGAGGACACACCUGUCUCCAAUGGGUGUGAUCCAGGCUCCCCAUCGAGGGACUCCAGUGGGGAUGAGAGCCUGUGGUCACUCAUGGCCAAGAUAAAAAAGAAAGACCCAAGGGAAAAGACGAAGGUGCCUGAGGCCAUGGUGCUUGCAUACCUGGAGGAGGAGGUGCUUGAACACAGCUGUGACCCGCUCACCUACUGGAACCUAAAGAAGUCCGCCUGGCCGGGCCUCUCGGCCUUGGCUGUCAGGUUUUUGGGCUGUCCUCCGAGUAUAGUCCCUUCGGAAAGGCUGUUCAGCACACCCACUGAAAACGGUAGCUUUGGCCAGUCCAGGCUCAUGAUGGAACAUUUUGAAAAACUUAUUUUUUUGAAAGUGAAUCUUCCCUUAAUAUACUUUCAGUAUUGAAAUCCCAGUGGAGCCACCAGGCUAAAGAUGUUGCUCGUUAGGCACCAGCUGUUUGUUGGGAGCUGGUGGCUGGCACCAGUCGGAGCCAAGGAGGACAUCAGAUCAGGCACUCUCAGGUCCACGCUGAGUUUCCCUUAGUUUCACUGUACUGUCUCUAUGUGCCUUACUCGUAGUCCUUCAGGCCAGGUACCACGGUGUGUUUUUUACCAAGCCACUAGAAACAGCCUGUCUUGUCAAUUAUGAAAUAUGAUUCCUAGGCUUUAAUCCCUAACUGUAAAGUUUUUUUGAAAGCUGGGGGUUAGUAAUUUGUUUUACUAGAAUCACAGAGAAGAUGUUAACAAUUUUAUUCUGUAGGCUUUUUAUUCAGUUAUGUAAAAACAAAUCAGGUACUGUAUUUUAGUUAAAUAUUGCUUUAAUUGAAACAAAACAGCCUUUGGGGUAACAGCCUUUGGGGUUGUAAAAAAAAAAAAAUGUAAAUAGAAGGUGGAGUAGAAGCCAUCCUGACCGAGCGGUUUUGAUCUGCAGCUCUAACGUAUGUGCGGCAUGCAGAGCAUAUUCUGGAAGAUAACUGUUCACUAUGACAGACGUGACAUUUGGGGACAGAACUAAACUUAGAGGUAUCGUGGAAUGUCAGUUGCAUGGUGGUUGGUAAGGAGAACUCACCUUUGUUCUGGUUUUACAUUGAGGUUUCACAUGGUUUGUUAACUCAGAGAUGUCCUGACUACUUAAGAGCUCCUUGCUGUCUGCUAUCCAGCCAAAUGACAAUAUGACACGUCUACAGCAGUUCUGGUGAUUAAACCUCCACGCCUCUGACCUAGUGUCUCUACACUUUGAAGCUGUCUUUUGAAAUGUGUGUAGUGACCCCCAAUUUGAUCAAAUCACAUGUAAAAUUCUCUUUAGAAGAGGUGGCUUAUGAACAGGGAAGAAGAUUGUUUUAUUACAGUUGUAAGACUAGCCUUAGGUGUUUAGGUUUUUUUAAUAAUAUGGGAGACUCAGCCAUCACGGGUAUUCUAGAAUCCCAGGGACAUCAGAAUGAAGUGUCAGUUGUCAAGAUUCUUGUAACAUUAAUAUGUCUUCAGAGUUUUUGCUUCAACAUUCAGAAAAGGGUUCAUUUUUUUAUUUCAGACCAAUUAAAUACACAGAGUGAAAAAAGCCAGUCAUUGCCUAUGACCUUUUAGAAAAGUUGUUUGGACAAAAUACUGUACCUAUUAUUAAUCUUACUUUGCAUUGACUAUGUUUUAGUAUAUUUAUAAAUGGGGAACUUAGUUUCUGAAAUUAAACUUUUUAUUUGCAAUUUCCUGCUGUUUAAGGAUGAUGGCUUUUGUUCUUAGGAUGAUAAAACAGUCGUCUUUUGGGGGGGGGCACAAUACAUGGACACCACAUUCAUUCAGGCCUUGAAUUUUACCUUAGCUCCAGGUAGGGCAUGGGAGAGGUGAUGAUGUGGUCCAGGUA